CCCCCGAAAGGCUCGUCUACAAAAUGUCUCAUAAAACUUUAGAUUAGGUGAAAAGUUUAGUAAAUCGAAGCAACUGCGUACGAGCCUCAUUAAUUAGUAAAUUAUUCCCCGCCUUCAUCGCGAUCAUACGGCCACACGGAUGAGCACAUUUCACAUUUUUGGUCAUGUUCAGAGGGAGACUGCUCUGAAAACAGGAACUCUGUGGGCAAAAAAAUUCACAAGACUGGAGGUUUUUGCUCCAGUCGGUGAGUUUUCACACAGCCAACAUGUGCACCGGGAAAUGCUCCCUCUUCAUCGCGAUUACACUGUACCCGCUGGUGCUUUUGUCCAUCAUCUGCAACAUUUUGCUGUUCUUCCCCGGCUGGAGCACCAAGUAUGUCAAAGAGGGACACAUCACAGACGAGGUCAAGUAUAUGGGGGGAUUCGUCGGAGGGGGGGUCCUGGUGCUGAUCCCGGCACUGUACAUUCACUUGACUGGAGAGCAAGGCUGCUGUGCAAAUCGCUUUGGGAUGUUCUUUUCCAUCGUAUUUGCCGCCGUGGGUGCGGCAGGUGCCGUGUACAGCUUCGUCGUGGCGCUGAUCGGCUUCUCCAAUGGGCCUCUCUGCAAAACCCAAUCAGGGAGCUGGGACACCCCUUUUAAAGAAACGAACAUGGCCUUUGUGAAAAAGCCUGAAAGCUGGUCCACCACCUGCAUCGAGCCAACAGACGUGGUCAAGUUCAACCUGGGUCUGUUCGUCACCCUGAUGGUGGCCAGCGUGCUGCAGGCGCUGCUCUGUGCCAGCCAGAUCAUCAACGGCCUCGUUGGAUGCAUCUGUGGAACCUGCGACAACAAAGAGGAAAACUGAGCUUGUGGGCAGGAGGUGUUCAAGAAGCUGUAGUCAUGCAACAUCUGUCCGAUGGCCGUCUGGAAAAACAAGCAAUCCUGGUUAGCUCUGGUUAGCUUUCCCUAAAAAUGUUUGAGCCUUUUUUCCCCCCCACAUUCUGUUCAAAAAGCUUUAUGCCGCUGCAGCGUAUUAAUGUGAAAGGAUAAGUUUUGCAAAUACCCAUCAUCAUUAAAAUUGAUAAUGAGUUGACUUUUUUUUUUAAAGAUGACCCAGUAUUGUUCCUAAACAGUAUUUGGUUUCAAUAAUCUCUGAUCUGUGAUCCUCAUGCUAAUAUAUUUUGGAGGUAUAUGUUACUGAAGUUGCCUUUUCUUUUCUUUUGAAUCUAUGUCUGUAAAGUUUCAGAGGAAUUCUUGUGACAAAUGCCUGCUAAUUGCUAAAGCCUGUGCCAUGAGGCCUUUUCCCCCCCAGAGAUAACAAAUAAAAGUUAAAAAGAAAAGGAGUCUUUGGACGGAGCGUGUCUUAAGAAUGAAUAAAAGUAAAAACAUGCAUUAACAACAGCUUGUGUAACACAUGUCAUACUUUCCUGAUUUAAAAAAAAUGCA